AUGAGUUCCCAAUACAGCACACAUCUCUCUUUCUCUUCGACCCCGCGUCUCAUAUGGCAUACGUACGUAGAAUACCUAUGGCACCCUCAUCCCAGUUCCUGGGUCAGCAAGAUCGCGUAUUCAUUCCGCGUAUUCGCGUUCCUACUUAUUCUGCCAGUCGUGAUUCUGACAAUGCUGGAUAUCACAUCCUAUGUGAUCGUGCGUACUCUCGGUAUUGUUGACGAUGUCAAAGCGUCGACAAGCGACCAGCCUGUUAUGACUCCUGAGGGCAUGCCCUCGAUCCUUGUUGAAGAUACGUCAUCCGAGGAAUCUCUCCCCGCGGAGCAAGACGGCCGCGCGUCUUCGGUGCAUCGGCAACAUAAUACCGAAGCGAGCGCUGCAGGCGUGCAGGAGGAAAUGAAGUUCCAGACCUACUUCACGGGGGAAGAGGAUUUACAAUUGUCUAGUGUUGGAAUUCUGUCGCCUUCCCCAUCUCAGCCAUCAUCACCAGUUCUGCCCCAGGAGAAGCUGUUUGGAGAAGGCGGAGUGAUGACAAUAGAGGACCCACGUGGUGGACAGGACGAGAACGUCAUCCUGCGACGACGGGGCGCCCAGGGAAACAGUAAUGAUUAA